ACACUCAAAAUUCAACCCUCAAUCAUCAACGGUCAAUACCCAUGAUGCACCAAUCUCAAUAUCCAGCUCCACCAUACAUUAACAAACUCAUCCAAAUCAAAACCCUAAGAUCAAAUUCAAUAUCUCGCGAUAUCUCAAAAUAAAAUCCCAAAUCUCCUCUCUCUGCAAAAAUCUAAUCUCAAAUCUCUCUUUAUUUUCGGGCAACAAAUUUUCCGGUAUCUCUUCUCACCCCCGAGAACAUCUCAUCAGGUUCAGGGUAUCAUCAUCAAUCAUCAAUGGUACGAGAGAAAGAUGUAUGCUGGGAGUACUGUGAGAAACUAGAAGGAAACAAGGUACGAUGUAAAUUCUGUCUGAAAGUCUUAAACGGUGGGAUUAGUAGAUUAAAACAUCAUUUAUCAAGAUUACCUAGUAAAGGAGUUCAUCCAUGUAGUAAAGUCCGAGACGAUGUUACCGAUCGUGUUAAAAUCAUUAUAGCUUCUAAAGAACAAGGUAAAGAAUCACCUAGUCGCAAAAAACAACGAAUUGCACACGAAAACAAUAAUAAGUCUAGUUCUAAUGCCAAUGCUGCCCAAUUGAGUAUGGUUGCAGCGGCAAAACCGAAUGUAUUGGCGGGUAUUGAGACAGCGGCGGCUAGUUUGCUGCCCGUGUCGUCCAAGGUGUUUGGUUCUGGGGUGAUAGUGCCGCAGGUUUUGGGUUCAGCUGGGGGGACUGUGUAUGAUAGGGAGAAUGCCGAACGGAGUAUUGCGUUGUUUUUCUAUGAGAAUAAGUUGGAUUUUAGUGUUGCAAGGUCGAGUUCGUAUCAGGUAAUGAUGAAUGCUGUUGCGAAAUGUGGUGGUGGUGGUGGUGGAUAUGGGUUUAGAGGGCCGUCAUGUGAUGAUUUGAAAACGAAUUGGUUGGAGAGGGUGAAAGGUGAAGUUAUGGGGCAGUCGAGAGAGAUUAUGAAAGAAUGGGGGACGACUGGGUGUACGAUUAUAGCGGACACGUGGACUGAUAAUAAAACGAGGGCGAUUAUUAAUUUUUUGGUUUCUUCGCCUGCAGGGAUGUUUUUUCAUAGGACUGUUGAUGCUUCGACGUAUUUUAAGAACACGAAAUAUCUUGGGGAUUUGUUUGAUUCGGUUAUUCAAGAUUUCGGGGUGGAGAAUGUGGUGCAGGUAGUUAUGGAUAAUCAUUUGAAUUAUGUUGGUGUUCGGAGUCAUAUAAUGCAGAGCUAUAGCUCUAUUUUUUGUACUCCUUGUGCUGCGGAUUGUUUGAAUUCUAUCUUGGAAGAUUUUUCUCAAAUCGAUUGGGUGAACGAAUGUAUCUUACAAGCACAAUCAAUUUCGAAGUACAUAUACAAUCAUUCCUGGGUGCUGAAUCUGAUGAAAAGGUUUACAGGGGGGCAAGAGCUAGUUCGUACAAGUAUUACUAAGUCCACAUCCGAUUUUAUUUCUCUGCAGUCUAUGUUGAAGCAAAGAUCAAGGUUGAAACAUAUGUUCAGUAGUCCAGAGUAUUCGACAGAUCCUUCUUAUGCAAAUAAACCACAGAGUAUAUCGUGUUUCUCCAUUCUAGAGGAUAACGAUUUUUGGAGGACGGUUGAAGAGUGUGUCGCAGUUUCUGAGCCUAUUCUUAAAGUAAUAAGGGAGAUUGCUGGAGGGAAACCUGCUGUUGGGUUUAUAUACGAAUCAAUGACCAGAGCAAAGGAAUCUAUAAGAACGUACUACAUUAUGGACGAGAAUAAAUGCAAGACAUUCUUAGACAUACUUGAUAGGAGGUGGCAGAACCAACUCCAUUCACCUCUACAUGCGGCUGCAGCAUUCUUAAAUCCAAGUAUCCAAUACAAUCCAGAUGUUAAAUUUCUUGGACGUAUAAAGGAAGAGUUUUUAAAGGUUUUAGAGAAACUUCUUCCGACACCAGAACUGAGACAUGAUAUCACAUCACAAAUUUUCGUAUUCAAAAAAUCUCAAGGGUUGUUUGGAUGUAAUCUUGCUCGAGAGGCACGCAACACUGUCGCACCUGGUUUGUGGUGGGAACAAUACGGUGAUUCAGCACCAGGGCUACAAAGAGUUGCAGUUAGGAUAUUGAGUCAAGUUUGCAGUGCUUCGACAUUUGAGAGGAAUUGGAGCACUUUUCAGCAGAUACAUUCGGAGAAAAGAAAUAAGCUAGAUAAAGAAACUUUAGCAGACCUUAUCUACAUAAAUUACAAUCUCAAAUUAGCAAGUCGGAUGAAAAUUAACCCAACAGAUAUCGAUCCUAUUUUAGUUGAUGAUAUAGAUAUGACUUCAGAUUGGGUGGAGGAGACUGAAAUUACCCCUAGCCCAAGUCAAUGGCUCGACCGUUUUGGUGUUCUGGAGGGCAAUGACUUGAAUCCAAGGUAUCAAGACAUAUUCAACUUAGCAUAACAUAUAUAGCCCAGGUUAGCAUUUCUGUAAUAAGAAUGAGAAUGUAUAAGAUAAUUAUCUCAAUUUCAUUGAACAUUUAUCCUCUUAUUCAAUGUACAUCAAGUUUUCUUC